AUGGCAGGUGUUAACCCGACAACCACGGAGGCGGUUUUCUCGCUCGAGCAUCCCCUUCCGACAUAUCCAGCGGGAAAAUUCAAGAAAGAACCCACGUCCAUCAGCGAGACCGCGAGAUCUCGAAAGGUCCCAAAGACGCUGAAGAUCGUUCCGGUAACAAAGUACUUGGAGAUCGCCGAACGCUUCAAGGACGCAGUGCUCAAUCAGGUCGACCAAAGUCUCAUAGUUCCUGGAGGCAUCUCCUUGGAGAGAUACUCCGAGCAGGAUAAUGUUUGUGCAUACAAUCUGCACGUCAUACACCCUGUCAUGGAGUGUCUAAACAACAUCACGAGCUCGGACACGUACGAAGUGAGGCAUACCUGGGAACAUCAAUUGUGCCUCCCCAAUAUCCCGAAACCACGGCAUACAGCAGACGAUGGUGACGAAAGCGAGAUCGACGAGGACGCUCAUCGACCUACCAACAAAAGGAAACGCCGCAGAACCUCGACUACCAGAGAUUCCAAGGACUACCACACCGAGGACGAUGAUACCGAGCACGAGAGGGAUCAUGUUGUGGUUCGUCCGGACAUGAUCGGCGUAGUCAAGCCCAAGGGUUCCAAAAUCAACUUCGGACACGGGAACGAAGACGCGACGAGCAUUUGCGUGCUUUACGUAGAGAUGAAAACGACCGGAACCCUCGAUUGCCGGAUCCCCAAUUUCGAGAAAGCAGCCAUCGCCGAAACCCCCCCCCCGGAGCCGCUACAGAAUGCGCCGAAAUCGCCAUGA